AUUUAAUAUUAUUAUUGUAAUGCUGGAAACACUGGCGUCCGGAAGUCUUUUAGUGUUUGACAGCUUUUAAAGCUAAAGGAUAAGCCAUGGCUCCAAGGAAAAACAAAGUUGCUAAAGAAGAGGUCCAGGUUACUCUGGGACCACAGCAUUUGGUGGGUGAAACCGUGUUCGGCGUAGCUCAUAUUUUCGCCUCCUUCAACGACACAUUUGUCCAUGUCACGGACUUGUCUGGUCGGGAAACUAUUGCCAGAGUCACAGGUGGUAUGAAAGUAAAAGCUGAUCGUGAUGAAGCUUCACCGUACGCCGCUAUGUUGGCUGCACAGGAUGUUGCUGAGAAAUGCAAAACCCUUGGGAUCACAGCUCUGCACAUCAAGCUACGUGCGACAGGUGGCAACAAGACAAAGACCCCGGGACCCGGUGCACAGUCAGCGCUGAGAGCGUUAGCCCGCUCUAGCAUGAAGAUUGGCCGCAUUGAAGAUGUCACUCCAGUGCCAUCAGACUCUACGCGCAGGAAGGGUGGUCGUAGAGGACGCAGGCUGUAAUUUUUUAGUUUAAGGCAACUGUGGACUACAAUAAAGGUGUUUACAGUU